AAUGUUUGACAAGGAGGAAGAAGGGCCUUGGCUUCCAUAUCGCUCUGUCAGACAACAGAACAGGCUUUCAGUUCUUCUACUUGGGCUUUUGUUUGCUGCUUUCUGAAGGAAAUACAGAUUAAUUAGAGGAGGAACAAUUUCAAACAACCAUGGAGGUGCUGGUGCUGGUCGACUUCGAGAGCAACAUGAGCGACGAGCUCACAGUCAGGUUGGGGGAUGUGGUGAAAAACGUCACCGUGUCCAGUGAAGAAGGAUGGCUACACGGAGAGCUGAGGGGGAAAAAAGGCAUCUUUCCCAGCAACUUUGUCAAACAAGUACCAGUGUGUUUAAUGGGUGAAGACUCGAGGGAGCCCCGGAGCAUCCGAAAAAGUAAGAACAGGAUGAAGAGGAAAUGCGAGGUCACCUAUCAAUACAGCGCACAGAAUGAAGACGAGCUGGAGCUGCACAUUGGUGAGACUAUAGACAUCAUCAAAGAGAUUGAAGAUGGAUGGUGGAUGGGCUUGAAAAACGGCAAAUUGGGAGCGUUUCCAUCCAAUUUUGUCAAAGAAAUCUUUGUAUCCCCAAAAGAAGGAAGGUACGGCGAGGGCAAGACGAGGCCUAAACUAACAGAUGCCGUGUUCACCAAGGAGAGAGCAAGUGUGCGACACAAAGUCAAAAACACUGUUGAGUGUUGCCAAGUCAUGUUUGACUAUAAAGCCAAAGCAGAGGAUGAGCUGGAUCUGAAAAAAGGAGAUGUUGUAGUGCUGCUGAACAAGGAAACCGAAGAUGAAGGCUGGUGGGAGGGAGAGCUGAACGGACGCCGCGGCUUCUUUCCCGACAACUUCGUGAUGCUUCUACCGCCAAAGGACACCCUGCAAUCUGGGAACACGAGCCAGCCACCAGCACGCACCGGCAGUAUUAAAGUCCCAGCUAAAACAGAAGAGCCACCAAUGGACAAAGUUGAUCCACUGAAAGCAAAAGAUGACCACAAGCCAGAAAGUAAAGAUUUGAGAAGCAAUCCUCCAACCAAAGUCAAACUGCCCCCCCUCAAGCCUUUUCCACCUCCCACCAAAGAAAAACCCAACAAGGUUUUACCAAAUACAACCAACGGUGAUGCGCCACCUCCUUCACCCAAAAAGCCAGAAGAGAAGGAGGCCGAUCAGUUUGAUGGGGUGGACGUGCAAAGCGAAAAGCUGAGUCAUCCUACGGCGAACAGAGCCAAACCUCCACAGCGGCGACCUCCAGGCCAAACCACAGCAACACCAGCUCAGAGUGAGACAAAUCAGACCAAACCAGAACCAGAACCCAAAAAGCCCCAAACUGACAAGCUUCCUGUCUUACAAAAGGGUCCAGAAAUCAUCACGCCAUUAUUACCUCCGAGGCCUGACCUUUCACCCAAGACGCCCCCUCCAGUUCGACCGACUCCUCCUAAAGCUAAUGUGAAAACCGUAACGGAGAACAAUAAAGAAGAGCCGACUGUGGGAAGCCUUCAGACUGAGGUCAGAGAGCUGAGGAUGGCUCUGGAGCUGCUUCAAACACGACACGAACAAGACAUGCAGGAAGUGAAAAAAGAGCUGAAGGAGGAAAGGAGCAAGCGGCUGGAGCUGCAGAAGGAAGUGCUCGGUCUGAAGACAAAGCAAUGAUCCCAACACAGACUGACGGAGCUGCUCGUCUGGCUCAGAGGGAUGUGGGCGUUUGGACUGCAAACAAGAUUUAUUCUUUUUUUUUU